AUCUGAAAUAGUGCUGCCACACCAUUUCGAUAUGAAUGUUAUUCACCCGGAACGUUGACAAUCAAAGAGUUGCCACUCACAGAGCUGCGGCGCAGAAACACAAAAUUGUUUGCAUUUGAUAAUUGUCAAAUUUGUCAAUUAACUUACCAAAACUCCUCUUCAAGCUGGUCAGCGCAAUGAGCGUCGCAGGCGGCUCUAUUAGCACCGCUGCAGGCAACGCCGGCAAGAACAAUGCACUACCAAUGGCACAGCUCGCAGAUGGCUGGCUGGAGCUAGAAUCUGAUCCAGGUCUUUUCACACUGCUCCUGGAAGAUUUUGGCUGUCACGACGUGCAGGUUGAAGAGGUCUAUGAUCUGCAAAAGCCCAUUGAGAGUCCCUAUGGAUUUAUUUUCCUGUUUCGCUGGAUCGAAGAGCGACGGGCGCGUCGCAAAAUAGUGGAGACAACUGCCGAGAUAUUUGUCAAGGAUGAGGAGGCCAUCUCAAGCAUAUUCUUUGCCCAGCAGGUGGUGCCGAAUAGCUGUGCCACCCAUGCGCUGCUCUCUGUGCUGCUCAACUGCAACGAGAAUAAUCUGCAGCUGGGCGAGACGCUGGGUCGCCUCAAGGCCCACACCAAAGGCAUGAGUCCCGAAAACAAGGGUCUCGCCAUUGGCAACACGCCGGAGCUAGCGUGUGCCCACAAUUCGCAUGCAAUGCCCCAGGCACGUCGUCGUCUGGAACGAACGGGCGCUGGUGUUGCCAGUUGCCGUUUCACUGGGGAAGCCUUUCACUUUGUCAGCUUUGUGCCCAUCAAUGGGCAACUAUUCGAGCUGGACGGCCUCAAGCCGUAUCCCAUGAAUCACGGCUGCUGGGAGGAGCACGAGGACUGGACGGACAAGUUCCGGCGUGUCAUGGCUGAGCGGCUGGGCAUAGCCACCGGUGAGCAGGAUAUACGUUUCAAUUUGAUGGCUGUCGUCCCAGAUCGACGCAUUGCCAUCACGCACAAGCUGAAGAUGUUGCGCACCAAUCAGGCCAUCGUGUCCGGCACACUGCAGAAACUGCUCAAGGCCGAUGAGCAGGGCGAGCGCGAUGAGCAACAGCGUCCGGAUACACCCACCACACUGCUGGAGCCCAGUGCGUUUACGGCGCGUGAUUUGCAAUCUUUGCUCAAGAAUCUGGACACGGAAAUAGCCAUCAAUGAGCAGCACUUGGCCGAUGAGAAUGAUCGCCGGCAAAUGUUCAAGGUGGAUGCAAGUCGUCGCACCCACAACUAUGACAAGUUCAUCUGCACUUUCCUCUCCAUGCUGGCGCAUCAAGGCGUCCUGGGCGAGCUGGUCAGCCAACAUCUGCUACCGUCCAAGAAGAUUGCCAAUCGCUUGAACCGACAGACCAACGCUGCCACUGCAGCUGCCAAUGCGGCCAAUACUAAUGUGGCUGGAACCAAUGCAGCUGGCUCUAAAUCCCAGCAGCAGCAGCAGCAGACACAACAACAACCACAACAGACCCAAACAGCUAAGAAUGGCAAGUCGCCGGGAAAGACGCCAGGACGAAGGCGCAAGGGACGCAACAAGUGCAGGAAGCGCAAGUGAUGCGAGUCUCUUUAUAAACCCAUAAACUUAACUUAAUCCACAUAGCUGUUAAAUUUAGUUUAAACCGAAUUCGAAUUGCAUUUUUUCGAUUUUUUAUUUUGAUCAUCCUUUUUAAUAUUAAAAAACAUGUAGUUCUCAUGUGAUUAAAUGUUUCAAGACCUUGUUGGCA